AUGGACACCGACUUGCGCCCAAUCCUAGCCGAGGCCUCUGAUUUUUUCCCAAAUUUAAUGACAUCUGGAAGCUUUAGCAGCGAUCAAGGAUUGCGUCUUAAGCAACCAGAAUCGCCAAGCACGCAGGCACCGUACUUGCCCUCCAUCACUCAGCUUAACCCUGGCAUAUACGGAAACGGAAAUGGGAACCAGCGAGGAUCUAGUGUCGCUCAAGCACUUUCCCAAGCGUCCCCCACUACCCAAACAUCAUCCAUACCAUGCAUGUCAGUCUCGGACGACACUAGACGAGUCUUUCCGUUAGAGGAUGUUCAAGAGGCAUGUCUUCUCAGGUACUACAUUGAGGAAAUCUCUCAUUGGUUUGACUUGUGUGAUGAGAGUCGACACUUUCAUCUGAUUGUACCUACCAGAGCUAGGGACCACCCUCAUCUUCUAAACGCCAUUUUUGCAGUAGCUGCCCGUCACUUGAGCCGCUUGCCGCAGUACAAGACUCCACAGGGCAUACUCUACCAUGGACAACUUCUCCCAAAUCUGGAUGAGCACUCAGCCGUGGAAUAUAUGCUUCACUGCAUGCCUGCUCUCCGACAGUUUCACGACGUUAUGGAUGAUGACUAUCGUGAUAGUAUCGUUGCCACCGCCGUUAUCCUACGGCAAUUGGAGGAAAUCGACAACGAAGACGAUUCGCCGUCCCCCUCGGGACAGCCACGGAGCCUGCUAUCGGGGUCGGGGAAGCAAGUUAACUUUCUUGCCAUCAUAGACGCUGUCUUGCGAAGCCCGCCGUCGCAAUCUGUCUUUGGCCGUCGCAGUUUGAUGCAAGCCGCUUACUGGAUGGCUCUAAGACAAGAAAUCUACCAUUCCUUUACACGCCUCGAAGCUCCUCAGUUGAUUUUACCCCCAGAGUUUUGGCACAGUGCCUCCAGAGCAAACAAGACUGUAAUGCAUCUAGUUCAAGUAGCAAAAUGGAAAUGGGGAGAUGGCUCCGAACAUGAAUGGGCGAGACUGAUGGAUCAACACGAACAUCUUGAGAAGCAUAUUCUCUUCGAUAUCGAGCCCAUUUACAAGAAGCCAGCCGACAAGUCCAAAGGCGAGAUCUUUCCCACUGUUUGGUAUCGAUCGAAUAUUGAAGUGACAAGCAUGCAGCUUGGUCUCUUGGCCAAAUCAGUACUGGUGGCCGAGAAUCCUCAACUCAGGGCACAAGCAACUUCUCGAUCUAGUUGGAGACACGUCGAAAAUGAAGUGAGACUUCUUCUACUUGAGCAGUGCGGAAUUGGCCUUUGCAACCCUGCAUCGCCGCCUGCCCUUGUUCAUGCUACGUUUGGAAUCCAGUUAUACGGGGAUUUCUUCACAGACCAGUAUGAGCGCCGGGCAAUCAGAAUGGUUGUGGAGAAAUACCGAGACACCCAUGCCUGGCCUGUACAGCGGCUUUUGGACAUGUUCCGUUGA